UCUUUGUCUUUCUCUUUCAAGCAUUCUCUCUUCUGUCUUCAGGCGUGAGGUUUGGCUUUUGAUUACAAAUACUCUUUUACAAAGCCAUCAAGAACCCAUCAAUGGCUGUCUCAUUUUUAUAAGAUUAGCUAAAAAAGAAUUACAGAAUAACAAGGCUAGUGCUUCUUUUAUCCCCACUUCUCUGUCUUGACGUUUAUGUUUUCGUUUCUUUCUUCACUCAUGGGUUAUCAUUCUCUCUGUUUCUCUCACUUUCUGGCUCAGUUUUUUCAGCUUUUGAUUCACAUAUAGUUCUCUUUGAAGCAGACAAAGAAGAGAAAACAAUAUCAUUUGAAACCUACUGUUUCUGCUUCUUUCUUCAUUUCUUGUGUGCGUUUGCGUUUAUUAUUAUUAUAAAAAUCUGAAUUGAGUUCUUCCAUGGAUGUGUGGGAGAAGUAUUCGUUGAGGGAAGAUAAGCGUCUUUUUCAUCAGAGCCGAAGCAGGAGAGAAACUAACAAUCCUUCUUUCUCUUCAACUCUUCUCGACUCUAUUUACCGUUCCCUUGACGAAUCAAACGGUAAAGGAGACGAAGAUGACCGAGAGAGGAUUUUCUAUAGAGAGUCCAUGAGGAAGAAGAAGCACGGGCGUGGAGUGCAAGAAGAUGAUCAAAUGGCUCGUGUGCAACGAGCUUGCACGAUUGAGAGGUGGAUGGAGAAGAAAGUGAGCUGUGAAGAGGUCGCUCUUCGAAGAAAAUCCACGGCCGAUUUUGAAACAAAGCAUCAUUUUGAUAAUUCGGUGUUGUUGAACUCUAGUUCUAGUUCUUCAGAAUCCAGCUGCGGAGGCGGCUUUUCGUCAUCGGAAUCAGACUGCUUUUAUGGUGCAAAAUCAAAAUCCAAGUCAACUUCUUGUUAUUCGAAACCAAUUCGAAUCAGUCUCUCGUCCUCUCGCCCGGAGAAAGAGUACGUUUCAUCGCAGAAGGCGGCGGCGGCAGCGCCAAAACACGAAGGAGUUUCCGGGAAGACAAAACUUUCCAAGGCCUUGAAAAUUUACAGUGAUUUGAAGAAAGUUAAGCAGCCGAUUUCUCCAGGCGGCCGACUCGCAAACUUCUUGAACUCUAUUUUCACUGCAGGAAAUGCAAAGAAGGCAAAGAUUGUAAACUCAUCACAGCCGGAAUCGUCAUGCUCAUCAGCAUCCUCAUUCUCGAGGUCUUGUUUGAGCAACACGCCAUCAUCAAGAGGCAAGUUAAGCAACGGAACCAAAAGAUCUGUCAGGUUUAUCGUUGAUGAAGACUGCAGGCCUUGUGGGCAGAAGAAUCUGUAUGAAAAUAACAAGAACGAAGAGGUUCAAUAUCGAGUCAUGAUAGAGAGGCAAAGAGUUCAAGAAGCGGCCAGGGAAUUGCUGAAGAAUUAUCAGAAGAAGAAGGAGAAGCUUGAUGAAGAAGAAGAGGAAGAUGAUGAUGAUGAUGCAAGUUGUGCAAGUUCCGAUCUUUUUGAAUUGGAUAAUCUUUCAGCCAUUGGAGCAAUGGAGAGGUACCGAGAAGAAUUGCCGGUUUAUGAAACAACUCAUCUUGAUACUAAUCGAGCCAUUGCAAAUGGUUUGAUCUUGUAAUUCCAAAAACCAAAAAAAAUUAAGUUUCUAAUUAAUUAGGUUUAAAUUUAAUGAAUGGUUUGGGGUUUACAUAGUAGAAAUGAUAAAAUUCCUCUUACUUAUU